UUCUUUCGACCUAAAAUUCGAGUCCUUUUUGUCACUAGGGUUACUGGUAGCCAUGGCCUCUGCCGAGAUCGAGUUCCGUUGCUUCGUCGGAGGGCUCGCAUGGGCCACCGACAGUGAGGCUCUGGAGAGGGCCUUUUCCCAGUAUGGUGAGAUCAUCGAAUCGAAGAUCAUCAACGACCGUGAGACGGGGAGGUCCAGGGGCUUCGGCUUCGUCACCUUCGGCAGCGAGCAGGCGAUGAGGGACGCGAUCGAAGGCAUGAACGGCCAGAACCUUGACGGCCGCAACAUCACCGUCAACGAGGCUCAGUCUCGCGGAUCCGGUGGUGGCGGUGGCGGAGGUGGCUACAGCCGCGGAGGCGGCUACGGAGGUGGCUACGGAGGUGGCGGUCGCCGUGAAGGCGGAGGUGGUGGGUACAGCCGUGGAGGCGGUGGCGGUGGAUACGGAGGUGGUGGUGGUCGUCGUGAGGGUGGUUAUGGAGGCGGUGAGGGUGGCGGUGCUCGCUACUCCAGAGGAGGCGGUGGCGCUGAAGGCGGCAGCUGGAGGAGUUAGAUUAGUGGUAUAGGUGGUUUGGGUCAUGUUAGUGUUGCCGUUUUCUGGUCAUGUUUUAGGGUCAGGUUCUGAUCUGGUUCUGGUUUCCGGGUUGUCCGAUGGUGUUGGUGUGUUUUGUGCUCGAUAAUUUUGAUCGAUGAUGCUGUUCCUAUCUUACUUUUUAUGUAUUUUGGUUACCAAAGAACAAAAAAUGGUGUGUUGAGAAAAAGUUCUUCGUUCGCAUA